UAUCAUUUUUUGUGCUAUAUAUACAGGCAAGGGAAACUGCAGCUGCAAUCAUGUGACAUGUUCUGAAGGAGCGAGGGAGACUAUUCCUGUACUGUAGCUGAAAACAUUAUUCCUGGAAAAGAAAAGGGGGAUAACAAACAAAAACACAUUGAAGAGGCUAGUAAAGGAAUAGAAGGGAUCAUUUAAAUAAAAGGCUCUGCAGUUGCCAGGCUACUGACACAGUUGCUCUGGUGCUCUAGCUGAUUGUAUCAUCCGGUAAGCCUGCAUUAGUCAAUGAACAAACUAGGUCUCCUUGCUCAUUCUUCAUGUUUAAGGGGUAGGAAUUAAAUCCAUCUAUCCAGACGAUUGUUGACAUAGCCCUGUAAAAAUACAGAGGACCACAAUAUGGAGAUGGAAAUACUCAAAUGGUUUACAAAAAACGAUACCGAUAUUAAGGCAAAAAUGUCACAAGUUAAACAAGUUGGUCUUUUGGCUGCUGGAUGUCAGCCGUGGAACAAAGAUGUCUGCGCUGCAAGCGGGGACCGAUUUGCAUAUUGUGCUACACUUGCUAUUUAUGUCUACCAGCGUGAUCACAGGUUUAAUGAAUUCAAGCUCCGAGCAAUCAUGUCCGAACACAAAAAGACUAUAACUGCUAUAUCAUGGUGCCCACAUAACCAGGAUGUGUUUGCAAGUGCUAGUGCAGACAAUCUGUUGAUAGUUUGGAACGUGGCUGAACAAAAAGUGGUGACAAAAUUAGAUAACACAAAAGGUAUCCCUGCCACUCUGAGUUGGUGCUGGAACGCAGGAGAUGCUGUUGCAUUUGUCUCGCAGCGAGGGCCUUUGUAUAUAUGGACUAUCUCAGGACCAGAUAGUGGGGUAGCAGUGCACAAAGAAGCCCACAGCUUCUUGUCAGACAUCAGUCUUUUUAGGUGGCAUCCUAAAAAGAAAGGGAAGGUUGUGUUUGGGCAUACAGAUGGAAGUCUCUCUGUUUUUCAACCUGGUUCCAAAAGUCAAAAGCAUGUUUUGAGACCAGAAUCUUUAGAGGGAACAGAUGAGGAAGAUCCAGUCUCUGCGUUAGAAUGGGACCCUCUGUCCACUGACUACCUCCUUGUUGCUAAUCUCCACAAUGGAAUUCGAUUAGUUGAUUCAGAGUCUUUAUCAUGUAUUACAACAUUUAGUUUCCCAAGUGCUGCAGCAUCUGUACAGUGUUUAGCAUGGGUUCCUAGUGCUCCUGGCAUGUUUAUAACUGGAGAUUCCCAGGUUGGUGUGUUGCGAGUUUGGAAUGUAUCAAGAACAACACCAAUAGAUAACUUCAAGUUAAAGAAGACAGGUUUUCAUGCAUUACAUGUAUUGAACUCUCCUCCAGAGAAAAAAACAUUUUCCACACAAUCCCCAACAAAAAAUCAUCAUACUUCUUCUACAAGUGAAGCAGUACCACCACCAACUCUGUCUCAGAACCAGGCAUUCUCCCUCCCACCUGGUCAUGCCGUUUGCUGCUUUAUGGAUGGUGGAGUUGGGCUAUAUGACAUGGGGGCUAAGAAAUGGGAUUUUCUCAGAGACUUGGGACACGUUGAGACAAUAUUUGACUGCAAAUUCAAACCAGAUGAUCCCAACUUACUAGCUACAGCUUCAUUUGAUGGAACAGUAAAAGUAUGGGAUAUAAACACACUAACAGCAGUAUACACUACACCGGGCAAUGAAGGAGUGAUCUAUUCACUUUCAUGGGCUCCAGGAGACUUAAACUGCAUAGCUUGUGCCACGUCUAGAAAUGGUGCUUUAAUAUGGGAUCUAAAGAAAGGCAAACUGAUAACAAAAUUUGAGGAGCAUGGAAAAAAUGGAAUCUUCUGUAUUGCAUGGAGUCACAAGGAUUCUAAAAGGAUAGCCACAUGUAGUGCGGAUGGAUACUGCCUAAUUCAUACAGUCGAUGGAAGAAUAUUACAUAAAUAUAAGCACCCAGCUGCGGUUUUUGGUUGUGACUGGAGUCAGAACAACAAAGAUAUGAUUGCCACUGGCUGUGAGGACAAGAAUGUUAGAGUGUAUUAUUUAGCAACCAGUUCUGACCAGCCAUUGAAGGUGUUCACUGGGCACACUGCCAAGGUGUUCCAUGUCAGAUGGUCCCCUUUGAGGGAGGGCAUCCUUUGCAGUGGAUCCGAUGAUGGAACUGUACGAAUAUGGGAUUACACACAGGAUGCCUGCAUUAAUGUUCUAAGUGGACAUACAGCUCCUGUAAGAGGGUUGAUGUGGAACACUGAAAUCCCCUAUCUGCUAAUAUCAGGAAGCUGGGACUAUUCAAUCCGAGUGUGGGACACAAGAGAUGGAACAUGUCUAGACACUGUGUAUGAUCAUGGUGCUGAUGUUUACGGUUUGACUUGUCAUCCUAAUCGUCCUUUCACUAUGGCUUCGUGUUCUCGAGAUUCCACUGUGAGACUGUGGUCAUUAACACCUCUAAUUGCUCCACUUCAGAUUAAAAUUUUAGUUGACCGUAGCUGGGAAGAAAUCAUUGGCAAUACUGAUCGUGCAAUGGCACAUGGUGCUCCCCCUCUCCUCUGUGGCAAAGUUUCAAGAGAUAUCAAGCAGGAGCUCGAUAAACUAACAAAUGAUGUUCGGGUAAAGAAGCUGAGAUGGUUUUCCGAAUGCUUUUCUCCACCAGGAGGCAGUAAAAACCUUUGGGAUCUUGUUGCUGUUAUUAAAGGUCAGGAUGAUAGUUUGCUUCCUCAGAACUACUGCAAAGGAAUCAUGCACAUGAAGCACCUUGUUAGAUUUAAAACUUCAGAAGCCCAAGAGUUAACUAUUGUGAAAAUGUCCAAGUUUGGAGGUGGCAUUGGUGCACCAAGCAAAGAGGAAAGGCUAAAAGAGGCAGCAAAAAUUCAUCUGGGAUUAGGCCAGAUCCAAAGACACUGUGAACUUAUGGUGGAGCUUGGCGAGUGGGACAAAGCUUUAUCUGUAGCACCUGGUGUAUCAAUGAAGUACUGGAAAAAGCUUAUGCAAAGGAGAGCUGACCAGCUUAUACAAGAAGAAAACGAUGAUGUCAUUCCUUACUGCAUUGCCACAGGUGAUGUGAAGAAACUGGUCAGUUUUUUCACUUCAAGAGGACAGCUUAAAGAUGCUCUGCUUGUUGCCCAGGCAGCUUGUGAAGGAAACAUACAAGUCCCACAUACCUCCCCCACAAACAACUCCCCAAGUGCUGAUGGUAACAACAUGGACAAUUACAAUGGAUUGUUACACAAAGUCAGCAAAGAGCUUGCCACGUGGUACUUCCAGGAUGGACGAGCAGUGCUGGCAGCAUGCUGCCACCUAGCUGUGGACAACAUUGAGCUAGCAAUGGCCAACCUGAUUCGUGGCAAUGAACUAGAGCUAGCUCUGUGUGUGGGGACUGUGCUGGGAGAAGCUGCGUCACAGGCGACGCAUUACAUUCUUGAACUACUGGCAAGGAAGUACAUGACAGCCACCGCAUGCUUUCCAUCUGUUGGAUACAGGGACCUUGCAGCACACUUAUUAAAUAUGAUUCCAGAUAAUGAAUUACUGCUUAUCAAGCUGUGUGCUUUCUACCCUGGAAACUCAGCAGAGAUUAAUGAUCUUCAUGAAAGAUGUAAUCUUCCCAGUUUAGAAGAAUGUUUGGAAUUAGCAGAAACGGCAUACAAUGAUGGAGAAAUCUUCCAGGCAGUAAAGUAUUACUUGCUGAGUCCUGAGCCACAGAAAGCCCUUCCAAUCGGCAUUCAGUUUGCUAAAGAACAAAUAAGUAGCUCUGAUUGGACCUUGGACUCAGUCUACCCUAUUCUUGACCUCCUUAGUUACAUUCGCACAGACCGACUGCUGCUUCCCAAGUGCAGUGAAGAUUGUAACGAGUUACUAAUAUUCUGUGGAUAUAUUGGAGCUUUGUUAGCAACCAGAAGACAGUACUCUAGUAUUGUUCCAGCUCUUUAUGAAUAUACAAGCCAGCUGUUAAAAAGGCGAGAGGUGUCUGUCCCUCUAAAGAUUGAGCAGCUCUCGGUGGAGCUGGAUGCUUGGAGAUCAUGCACACAAUCUUUAAACAAAUCCUUAGAUGAAGUGUCAUACACUCCUCCAUCUGAAGCCCAAAAGCAAGUCUAUGAGAUACUGCUAAACAGGGUUAAAGAGGAGCCUCUCAUAGGAAUGAAUGGCCCUGAUUAUGUGACUGGGUCUAAUCUUCCAAGCCAUUCAGAUGUCUAUAUUUCCUGUUUAACAGGAUCAAGGAUACAGGGUCCUGUAUUUUUCCUCGAAGAUGGCAAAUCAGCAAUUUCAUUGAAUGAUGCUUUAAUGUGGGCAAAAGUAAAUCCUUUCUCACCACUAGGGACAGGAAUUCGUCUCAAUCCAUUUUAAAGGAACCUUUCUGGACUCUAAAGUGCACAGUGCCGUGCAGGGACUUCCACAGGUUACUGCAAUGUCAUAUUAAUUUAAGGACAAAUGGGUGCCAUGUAAUGCAAUUUAAGACAUGUUGCUGAUGUGUUGCAAAGUACAAAGAAAAAUAUUAUUCAUAAUGUGAUUAAACUUGAACAAUAAUAAGUUAUACAAAGUAAAGAUGUAUUGCAAAUAAACAUCACAUUAAGCAAAUUAUGUUUAGAAUAUAAUCUGGCAUGAUUUUAGGGACAGAUAUUCAAAAGAGAUAUGAGUUUCACAGGGGCAGUUGCAGGGAUUUUUCCUCAACUGUGGAGGAGUUGUGAAAAAGAAAGUCCAUGUUGUCCUCAAAUCACAAUGUUGGGGACAAAUUUGUUGCAUGUAUUUGACUUCACUUAACUAAUUUAAGGGGCGAUUGAGUGUGUGAAUGUUAGUAAUUAGUCAAGGUGGAAUUUUAAUGUGUAUUCUUAAGUCCUGACUGAACAACAGCAACAGUAAAAAAAAAAGAAAAAAAAAAAGAAAGAGAAAAUACUGUGCUGGAAUUCUGAAAUAUAUGAUGUUUAAACAAAAUAUACAACUUGUAGUUGUUUAGAGAUGUAUGUAUGUAGCCCCAACAGGUAGGUUUAGCAUUAGUUUCAGAUACUGGUACAGUAAAAACAGAUGUUGGAGGCACUGCUGGUUUAGCUGUACCCAGAGAGCUCUCAAUAAUGUAAUGACUUCUAAUACCUUCCACAACCUCUAUGGAAAUUGUUAUGAGACAAGUCAUCCACCAGUGAAUUUGGAAAAUAUUCAAAUCUGAGAAGCUUUUUCUAUAACUCACAUUUCAAAUCAUAAUGUCUUUUUUUAAUAUCAUCUAUAUAAUGUGGAACAGUUGAAACAGCAUUAUGUUAUCUGGGGAGAGGAGGAAACCUGUAUUAAGACCAAACUGCCCAGACAGGACACUAAAACAGUGUAAAACUAUACCACACGAUUACUCAACCUUUAAAUAUUAAAAAGCAUUUUAGCAUUAUAUGAGAUCACACGUCUUUAAUCGUAUAGUAUAGUUAGACAUUUCUCGUUGAUUUAGUGCCACGUCUGCACAGGUUUGUCUUGGUCCAGAAGCAUUUUGAUAUGAAAACUCAUGUAACUAUUUUUAAUAUGUACACAGUAAUGAUGGCGUAAUUAUGUGGCAUCGUUUUUCAAAUGUUUUGCAUUGUUUAGUGCCACGUUUUAUUUUUCUCACCCUUGGAUUAUUAUUUUUUUUUUCUAAGACAUUGUCAGUUAUAUUAUAAUCUCCUUUUCUGUAAAGUUGCCCAUACUAUGGUUUUGAACGCUUUGAGCCAUUGGCUCACCUCAUACACAAAUUACACUGCAUCAUUUGGGGUGUAGUCUGAGUUGCGAUUAAUUUCCCUGCAUCUCUUUUGAAUUUCACAGAUAUACGAAUAUAUGCAAGAUAUUCGCAGAUAAAAGCAGUUUCUAUGACUGCAGUUAUUGGUAAGAUAUAUAGGCCUACAGAUGUUUGUUAAAUACAAUCAUGCAUGAUCUUAACCUUUACCAUCUUGUGAAAGUCGAUGUUUAGAUUUGACAUUUAUUUACAAGUUCUUAUUUUAUGUAUAGAAUUAUUUUUUAUUUUACAUCUACAGGAUAACUAAUGUUUAGAGAUAAAACAGUAGCUUCUUUGCCUUAGGGUGCAAGGUUUACAUAAUAGCUGUGAUCACUCAUGGUAUAUGCCUAUUAGUGUACAGUAUAUACAGCAUAUAUUCCUUCACAAUGUAUAUGAAAAAAAGGCUUGAUACACUAAAUUAUAAAUGUUGAAGAUGUGCCUUAAUAAAGAUGAAACUAUUCAAGAGCCACCUUUUCCAGGUAGUUGUAAGGAACAAACAGCAUCAUUUUCAGAAUAUCUGUGAAAAACAAAACUGUUACAUUUGUUGCUUACUCAUUCGUAUAAAUAUAAGCGUUUUCCAGAGUGGUAUGGCAACAAUAUUCCAAAUUAAAAAAAAUAUUGAAGAAAACUUUAAUCUUGGCAAACUUGGGAACUUAUUGUGUCAUGCCACCAAAUACCACUAAAUAAAGUUCUGCAAAAUUAAAAUAGUGUUUUACAUAAAUGUGUGGUAGUUUUGUUAUUUUAAAAAUUAACAGAGUGCAAUGUGGGAAAACAGCUAAUAACCUUUUAUUUUUAAAUAAGCACAUACUAAUGCAGAAAUACCCUGGCUUAAAGUCAGUGGGAAGGAAUAUGAAACUGUUUUCAUCAAUUGGCAUGCUUUAUAAGAAAAGUGUUUUUGCCAAAGAAUACUUUUGAUUUAUUACAUCAUUUAUACAGUUAUUCAGUAGUUGAGCAUUUUUUUCUGCAAAAAUUCAGCAUUUUGUUGUUGUGAAGAGAGAUACGAUGCGUGGUUGCUUUUGGAUCUAAAUGUACAUUUGUGCUAUGUAAUGUUUUCAGUGCCCAGAAACUCCAUUUCUUUUCCAUGUAUCAGAAGAACAAAAAAAAGACUAUAGAUAUGUAUAAUUAUGUUAUUAAUACAGGCAUUUUAUUUAUUUAUCAAAGAGUACUAAUAAUCUGUAUUUUUUCAAAUUCAUUUAGGAAGAUCAUUUAUAUUUUAAAAGUUUUAUAUCUGAUUUUAAUGAUAAUACAGCAGUGGCAUACAGCUUGUGGCAGUUUCUAAAUGAUAUAGUUUUAAAGAUAACUUUGCAGAUGAUGUAAUAUUUGUUGUAUCGUUUUUUGACAUCUUCAUAUCCAGUUUUAUAACUACUGUACAUCAACGAAUUAGUUCAUCACUUUAUCAGUUGCAUUAUGCAGUCAGGAAUCCAAUGCUUUACAGAUGAUUUGACACUCUCUCUCUCUCUCUCUCUCUCUGCUUAUCACAUCUGCACAGCUUCUAAAAUGUCAGAUUCCUAACUGCUUAAUGGAUCUGAGAAAGUGUGACUCAUGUACAAUGGAAGUUUAUUCAGUCAAAAAAUACAGCCUCUAAAACAUCUACCACAAGACAGGGUUUUGUUACAGUCUUUUGUCAUACUGAAAACGGUGAUACACAUUUCAAGUUUUGUCUUCAUUAUUUCAUAUAUGUAUACUGUUGUACAGUUCUGAAUAUGUAUUUCAAAACCUAAUUUCAACGAAUGAAAAUGUAUUUUCCAUAAGCUGCAUUAUACUGUAUAAUAAACCAGUUAAACAAUCA